AUGCUAAACCGAGAGGUCUACACAGAUAUUAAACUAUGGCUGCCUAUUCUUGAUAAUAAGUCCAAGAAGCAUGUGCAGAAUGGCGAUAUUGAUCAAUGGAGGAAGCGAGUGGAGAUGGCUUCCGAGUUUGCUGUAUCUCAAGUCUUCUCCCACAAGAAACCUCAUUCAGGAACCAGCAGCCUAGCUGUACCGUUGCGAAGCACUGAGCAGUUAAAAGAUCAUGAUGACGCUUACAGUGAAGCUCAGGCUCUUCUUGGUGAUUGGCUGAGCAGUAAGUUGCGGUUGGAGCUAGAGAUGGAGGAGGAAGAUGAUCUAAUGUGCUCCGCUGAGAGGAGAAGCCCUGCUGCACCGGCUAGUUCUCAGCCUACCACCCUGAACUACAACAACUUUGAUGAGCUCUACAACCGCCUGGCUGAGGAAGAAGAGCACAGUGCUGUUAACAGCUUCCUACAAGACCUGAUGGAGCAAGAGGUGUUGGACUCGGGGAUGAUGGAGGAGCUGGCGCUGGAUGUUGGACAAACAAGGAAGAAGUUCAGAGACCCGAUCAUCACCAUGGAAGCACGACACCAGCAGGUGCGACAGAAUAGGGCCCAGCGUGAAGCUGAGAGGCAGCAGCAGCAGAGAGAGAAGGAGGCUUGGCGGGGUGCCAGGCAGGAGGCGAAGAAGAGGGAGCGAGAGGAGGAGACGAGGAAGAAGCAGGAGGCACGUAGGCAGGAGGAGAUGGUACAGCAGGAGAUGGUGCGACUGCGACGACAGAUGGAGGAGAGGAGAGGCCUGGAACAGCUGGUUAGACAGAGGGAAAGGGAGAGAGUGGAAGAGCAGAGGGCAGCCAGGAGCCUCCAGUCAGCUCCAACGCUUCCUUCAAAACAGCAUCAGCAGGACACAGUGCGACUGUUUAAAGAACAGAAAAUUCAAACCAUGGGUCACAUAAGCAACCUCAAGUGUUUGCAGAGGCAUUUCUCUGGCUGGUAUUCAGUCGUGUUGGACCGUAGGCUACGUAUGGGUAAGGCCAUGGCCCUCUGUGACUGGAAGAGGCAACUGAGAGCAUGGCGAGCAUGGCGAACCGUGGUGUGGGCAGAACAAAAGCAGCGAGAGGUGAAAAGAACAGAGGAAGACCUGCGAACUGAAAACAGACAAUGCCAGCUGGCUGUGGAGAGUGACCGAAGGCGGUUGCUGCGGCGAUGUCUGAAUGAGUGGCAGCUAUGGUGUCGGAUGGAGAGGGAACAACGAGAGCUUUUGGCCCAGCAGCAGGAAACCCGCCGCAGGAUGGCCGCUUUAAUCAAUGUUGCAUCAACAGGCAAACUGAAGGCCACAGAAACCCCCGCUUCUCAGCCAGUAAUGGCCCCACCUGAGGCAUCUGACCAACCAGAGACCACAGAGAAGGAAGAUCACCACAGGUCGAGAACUUUAGCCCCUGACCCCCCUGCAGUACAUCAGGAUAAGACGCAUGUGGGUUCAGUGGCCCGGCCCACUCAGCCGUGGCAGGUGACCCGAAGGCACGUGGCACUGACUGCUGCAGAGCUCCACGAUGCGCGGCAGGGAGGUGAGGGAGGUGGCUUCACCUGUUCAAAAAGCACAGUGUCACCUGGCAGCAGGUUUGAGAACAGACACGCCGCCCAGCAGCAGAUCAUCACACAGCAACGGAGGCUGUUGAAGGAGCAGCAAGAGAAAAUUGCACAGCUGAAAGAGGAGCAGAGCAUGAUGGGUUUGGAGCAGGAGAUAAAGAAAAAUGCACAGCUCUCACAGCUAUCAACAGGAGGAGGCUCGAGACCAAAGAGCAACAACUGUGACCGCACAGAGCAGAGGGCACUCAGACUUACCGGAGAACCUGACAGUCAGUCUACACCUCUGAGGAAAGCUGUCACACACCAGACAUGCCCCCAUCCAAUCAUCACGGCCAUGGAGGCCCGCGCACGUCAACGCACAGAGCGAAGAAAGGAAAUCGAGGAGCUCAAGAGAAAGAAGGAGGAGGAAAAGCUGGCUGAGAUGAAAGCCGCUGAGGAGCUGAGACAGAGGGAGGAGGAGGAGGACAGACGCAAAGCUGCAGAAAAGAGGAAGGAGGAGAAAAGGCUGCAAAGAGAGAGGGAAGAGGAAAAACAGAGGCAACUGAAAAGGCAACAGGAGCUCCUAAAACUGGCCCGUCAGCACUACCACAGAACCUUGUUGCUACGGAGAGGCCUGGCACCAUGGAAACGCCUCAUUCAGCUCGGACAAGCCAACAUACAGCUGGCCCAGAGUCAUCACAAUCUCUUCCUCCUGAGGCGGUGCACGCUAGGCUGGCAGCAAUCAGCAAGAGAGUCCCUGUCUGAGAGAGAAGCUUCUGCUGACCAACUGCACCAGCACUUUGUGCUUCGGAGGAGCUUAAGCUGCUGGAAAAGACUGAAGGACUGGCGAAUGAUUCAGGAGGAGCGGGCUGAGCGUUUCUACCGCACACACACUCUGAAGAGGUUUCUGCUGGCACUGCUGGACCAUGUGACCCAGGAGAGGCUGGUGGAGUGGGACCGUCAGGAGCUGGCUCAGGAGCAUAGUAACAGACGGGUGUUCCAGCGAUGUUUCCUGGCCUGGAGGCAGCUUCCACGUCUGCUGCGCAAGGAAAGAGAGAGGGAGGAGCGGCGGGAGAAGCUGGGACGGAAAGUGACUGAGGUUCUGCCCGAUUUCUGCUCCCAUCCACUGUAAAGCCUCUGGGAGAAAGUGUCACUGUAGGAGAAACCGCAUACCCACAGAUGACACACAAACAUUCAAUAACUGCAGAGGAUUCACACUCAC